AUGAAUGAAAGAUUGAAAAAGGUAGUGGAAUCAGAAAUAAGGAAGUAUCAGAACAGUUUCAGACAAGCAAAUUCAACAGAAGCUACAAGUACAACAUUAGUAAAUAGUACUUCCAGAGGCGUUAAAAUGAAAAAUUGUCCAACUUUUCAAAAGGUUCUUUUAAUUUUUUUCCUAGCUACCGAAGAAAUUGAACAAUUCAAAAUAGAAAAAAUUACUCUCGAUGGAGAACUGCUAUCAUCAAGUCUACCCCAACUAGAAAUGUCUCAAAGUCCGAAAAUAAAAUCAGCAAGGGACCGUUCAGAUACCAAUGAAAAGACCUCGAAAUACUCAGGUAGAAAAGGCUCACCGUCUCCAAUUAAAAGGGAAAUAACACCACGAACUAAAUCUGCAGUAUGUAAACCAACAGUGUCCUCGAGUAUUCCCUUACCCAUAUCUAAACCGUCGAAGCCGGCUCACCCCUGCAGGGUUUCCAGCCAUAAUGUCGUGAAAUCCAGUAGCAGCAAAUUGUCCAAACCGGACUCAAGUUUGCUGAGAACUGUUGGACAAAAUAUAAGUAAACACACUUUGGAAAUACAAUUUUUGAAUAAAAAGAGGAGACUCACGCAAUUACAGAAGGAUCUAUUGGAAAAACAGAAACCUGUCUUGGAUCUCUACCAAAGUCUUUUGCAGAUCAAGAAAAAACUUGAAAAUCUAGGAAAGAGUGUUUGCUUGGAAGAAAUUAAAUUGGUUCCUGCCUCAGGAAUAAUUGGUUCUCAAGAAGGUCCAGAUGGAGCCGGAGAGAGCGUCCAACCAGAAGUAAUUCUCGGUAUGCAAACUUCAAUCGAAGAUAUCCCGAAAACAUUGAUGGAGCUAUGCAAAAAUCUUCUAUCCAGAAGAAAUGUGAUCGUCGAUCUUUUGGAUAGCAUUGUAAAGUCGGAUAUAAACGUUGCCGAAUUAACGGAACAAAUUGAGAAGUUGAAAACGGAAGGAAUUCAAUUGCAGGAAGCAUUGGAUGUCGUCAUUAAUGAGCAUCAAGGGAAAAUUAAAGAGAUCGUGAAAAACUGGCACAUAUUGAUUAACAAUAGGAAAGAUUUAGGUACGAAUUUGAAAGUUGAGGAACUAGAAGAGAAGAUGAAAUCGCAGGAAACGCUCAUUGCCGAAGCUAAUCAGGUAAUUCACGAUUUGCAGAAAAAAGUUGAAGACAAACGUUUCAGUUAUGAAAAAUCCAUGAAGGAUCUCAAUGAUGUCAUACACGGAUUAAGAAAUCAAGUCCAGAAACUGGAGUCCGAUCUCGAAGCAGAAAAAAAGAAUGUAUCUGAUUAUAGAUCUCGUAUAAAUACUAAUCAUCAAGCUUCGAAAAGUAUGAGAAAUAAAAUUACGGAUUUGGAAAAUGAAAAGAAAAACACCGAUAGUCUCAAUGCGGACCUUAACAAAAAAGUGAAGCAAUUGCAAGAUCAGCUGAAGCACAAGGAAGCUCAAUGGAACAAAGAAAAGGAAGAAAUGACGAAGAACAUGAAACAUCAAGAAAAUAUGCUACAAAAAUUGUCUUCCGACAAAUCGAGCUUCGAAACCAGAUUGGAAGAGAUACAAGGAGAACGUACCAUGUGCGAAGAGAGUCUAAUGUCGAAAUUGGCAUCGCUCCAAAGCGAAUUGGAAACGGUUAAGAGGGAACUAGAACAGGCGAACGCGGAAAAGAACGAAGCUCAAGAGAAAUGUAAAGGAAUGGAAGAAUUGAUCACUAAAAUGGGUUUGGAUAAUAAAGAGACGAUGAAUAUGGUCAGCAAUAGUAUCAAUUGGGGUAACGAUCUUUCGAAAGGCACAACAAAAGCUAACGAAUACUCCGAAAGUAUGGUUAAAGAUAUAAUUAUUCAGGAAUACAAAGAUAAAAUUAGAGAAUUGGAAGAAGAAAAUAACCUUCACAGAGAAAAGAUAGCUACGGUGGAGAAAAAUAGAAAAGUGCCACCAUCAGAAACGGAAAAAAUUGUUAUGAAUCAACACGAUAUCGUCUCCAAAUACAAACAACUUUUAUCGGAGAGUGAAAAAAAAUUAACUGAAAAAUCACAGGAAGUGGCCAAACUGACAUCGGAAAUUCGUCAAUUGAAAGUUCGACAAGAACAUUUGGAGGAACUGAACCUGAAAUGUCCAACGGAAAAUCUACAGAAAAUGGUGGAAGAAGGUAGAAACAAAUUGACGGAACUGAUGAGGAAAUCUUUAGAAAGCGAACAGAAAAUUAUACAAUACGAGAGCAUUAUAGAGAAGCAGAGUAAACAGAUGAACGAAAUGGAGAACAGAUUGAGGUAUCAAGUUAGCAUCGUAGAUGUUUUGAAAGCUUCCAGAGAGGAAUUGAUCAUCGACAAAGACAGUUUAACGAGAUACACUCAGGAUUUGAAAAACGCUUUAUUAGAAGUGAAGAAGGAAGGAAAAAUGAAAGAACGUUUGAUAAAAGAGCUACAAGAGAAAAUAGACGAUCGGGAGAAGCAGAUUAAUAAGUUGAAUAAGGAAUUGAAAGAAUUGGAGAUUAAUCUGAAGAUGACAAACGACAAACGUUACAAAUUGCAAGACACGAUAGUGAGCAUGGAAAAAGAACUGCAGGCGACGAAAGCCCAUAUCAAUGGAUUAGCUGACAUAAAUACACGGUAUGAAUCCGGUAUGAGACAUAAUUCUAGUAAACAUACAAUACUAAAUAACGAUUAUAGUACGGCUUUGAGUUUAUUACAAAGCUAUUUAGAUAAUUGUCGUCGGACGGAUGAAAAAACAAUCAAUUCAAAAUCGCUUAUCGGUUUAUCGAUUAAAAAAAUCGAGAAUAUAAAAAUGAGGUUGAAUUAUUUAACCAAAAUCAAUGCUUUAACUCGAUCGGUAUCUACCGAUUCUAGGAACGAUGUUUUUUCUAAUAAUUCUAGUUCGUCGAGUCGGGUAUCUUCGAGAAUAUCGUUAACGCGAAGUUCGAGGCAAAAAAAUUUGGAAAAAAUUGUGGAAAUCACCGCCAAGAGGUACGAUUAUUUGCAAAAGCAGGCGUACGAAUCUUACGAAGAAUUGACGAGUUUAAUUAAAUUGUCUGUGCCAUCGAGCGAUAAGAUUUUUGUAGAAUAA